AUGUCGACCCCCGGUCGCCGAACCCACCAGGGAUGCUGGACCUGCAAAGCCCGCCGGCGAAAGUGUGAUCGUGCGCGCCCGACAUGUCAGGUUUGUGCUGAACGUGGAGUGGCAUGUGAGGGUUAUGAUGUUCGUCUCCGCUGGGGAACCGGAAUUGCCUCGCGAGGGAGAUUUACCGGCGCCGAUGCGCCUGCCGAGUCGUCAAUUCCGCCGAGGCUUCAAGGACGACAGAGAGAUCUGCUUCGGGAGAGGAAGCGGCAGUUGCAGGUAGCUGAUCAAGUGCGCGAAUCUUCCGGAUCUGAGAUCUUAAUAGAGGGAACUGAAGAGUUGCUACUCAGCCCAUUACUAUCCGAGACUUGGAAGCCGAAUCAUUAUGCAGAAUUAUUCAGUGACUUCCUUUCAUCUGGCAUCAAUGUCCUUCACUCCACGACUAUUCACGAUGGUGAGAUACCGCUCAAAGUCUCUAUACGUCCGGAUUUGAAGUCUCAGUUCUUCGAGUACUUUGACGCGGCCCUGAACAAGUUCCGUAGCGAGUUAGCUCAGAGCGAAGCCUAUUUAGAGGAUGGUACACUAACUGCUGGAUUACUAUUGUGCACUAUCGGAAUUAUGCAAGGGAUACCGUGGACUAUGCAUCUCCGAGGGAUGUAUAACAUCCUACAGUCACACAGUGUGACACGGUCGCAUGAUCAGGUCUCUCCCUUUCGGGCCCAUUUGUUAGAGGUAAUGGGAAUUAUGGAUCUUCCUACAUUUGCGAUCGGUAGAAAGCACCCAUAUCUAGGGUUCUGGCGGCAGUACUGUCGCAAUCAAUCGAUGCCGGACUCAUCUGAACGGUAUGAUGUGGAGGUCAUGAGUGGUUUACCGCGAUCCUUGGUUGACAUUUUCUCUUGUAUUUUUGAGGGCGCAACAGAACAAGAUUUCUGGAAUUGGCCUGGUUCCAGAGGGUGCUUUUUGCAGUGCCAGCUGUGGGAAGCAUAUCGGCUGGCUGGGAUGCUGGUGAUCCGACAUGGUGCACUGCGGCUGUCAUCUGAACUGGAAGAUAACCCAGCACAGCGAGUACAAAGCCAAAAACAAUCAGCACUUCCAACAACGGCGGUGAUUAUCACGCGACUGCUGAGCUGCGUGGACGCUAUAUAUCGAGCGUCCUCAGAAGCCGAGGGAAAGGACACCUUGAUCAUCAAUGCCAUUCCUUAUCCCGUCUUCGUCGCUGGCCUUCAAUCGGAUGCAUUGAACAAGGACCCCAACUUAAGAGAUUUUAUCCGGAGGAUCUUGGUGGCAAUCGCAGAGGGACCUUUCUGGAACAAGCAAUAUCGACUACUUCUAGACUUGCUGGAAGAGUACUGGACCUAUCCCCAAAACACUAUCAAUAUACAUGAGAUUGCGCAGUCACGAGGAAUAGAACUUGGCCUAUUCUGA